GCUGCGGCCCGGGCCCACGGCACGGCACGGCACGGCACGGCACGGUGGCCUCCGCGGCUGUAGCGGCUCUCGACACUCACGCGUGGUACGAUCCCGGCUGCUCCUCAGUUGCAGACAAUGUGAAUGAGCUGAACAGAGCUGUGGUAACAGAUUUCUUCUUGGCUAUGUGAAUACUGAGUGGGAAGCCCAGUGGUGGAGUCUGGCAUGGAGGAGAUCCCAGUUAAAGUUGCAGUCCGAGUCAGACCUCUGCUUUCCAAAGAAAUACUUCAUAACCACCAAGCGUGUGUCAGAUUAGUCCCAAAUGCUAAACAAGUUAUCAUUGGAAAGGACCAUGCCUUCACUUUUGAUUUUGUAUUUGGCAAAAACUCAACCCAAGAAGAAGUUUAUGCUGUUUGUAUUAAGCCCCUCCUAGUGUCUCUGACUGAAGGAUACAAUGCUACAGUGUUUGCGUAUGGACAGACUGGUUCUGGGAAGACUUACACCAUUGGUGGUGACCAUGUUGCAUCAGUUGCAGUGGAUGAAAGGGGCAUAAUCCCACGGGCUAUUCAGGAAUUAUUUCAUCAUAUUUCUGAACAUCGUAAUAUUAACUUCCGUGUGAAGGUAUCCUAUAUAGAGGUUUACAAGGAAGAACUUCGAGAUUUGUUGGAUUUGGAGACUUCCGUGAAAGAUCUACAUAUUCGAGAAGAUGAGAAGGGAAAUACAGUGAUUGUCGGUGCUAAGGAAUUCCAAGUAGAAUGUGCAGAUGAAGUGAUCAGCCUGCUGGAAAGCGGCAAUGCAGCUCGUCACACAGGCACAACACAGAUGAAUGAGCACUCUAGUCGAUCUCAUGCCAUUUUUACCAUCAGUAUUCAUCAGAAGCAGUCUGCAGAGUAUCAGAAUGCUGCACAGGAUUCGAUCACUUCAAAGUUUCAUUUUGUGGAUUUGGCAGGAUCAGAGAGGGUGGCAAAGACUGGAAAUACUGGUGAACGCUUCAAAGAAUCAGUUCAGAUCAAUAGUGGUCUCUUGGCCUUGGGAAAUGUCAUCAGUGCCCUUGGAGACCCAAAAAGGAAAAGUGUACAUAUUCCAUACAGGGAUGCUAAAAUCACUCGUAUUCUGAAAGACUCCCUUGGAGGAAAUGCCAAGACUGUUAUGAUAACAUGUAUAAGUCCAUCCUCACUGGACUUUGAUGAAUCUUUAAAUUCCCUCAAAUAUGCCAACAGAGCAAAAAACAUUAGAAAUAAACCAGUAGUAAAUUACAACCCAGAAAAAGACCGAAUUGAUGAAAUGGAACUUGAAAUCAGAUUGCUUCGGGAAGCUUUGCAGAGCCAGCAGGCCAGUAAUCAGCAUUUACAUGAUAUAAAUGAAGAAAAAGCCCGUAUCAGUUCACUUGAGGAGCAGCUCACUCGCCUUCAGGUUCAAUAUUUCAGUUACAGAAAUUGUGUAGAUGAAGCCUUACCUUUUCUGAUUGAUUUGAAUGAUGAUGUUAGCUUAAGAAGAAGUCAGCGGGACAGGUUGCAGAGCUGGAUCACUAUGGUACAGAAAGUAAGGAAGGAGGCUCUCACCAUCCAGGAGACUGACUCAGGGACUGAGACCAGCCCAGUACCACAUCACAUUACAAUUCUUCAGCUGAAGAGGGAACUAAAGAAAUGCCAGGAGGUACUAGUUAUGGAUGAAGAACUAUUUAGCCAGAAGAAUCAUGAAAUACAGGUACUGCAGAAUCAGAUAAAGACAUUACUACAAGAAAGAGAACAACAGGAAUUUUUAAAGGAGGCUCAAGAAAUACAAAGAUUACAGAUUGAGAAAAUGGUGGAACAGCACAUACUCAUUGAUCAGCUAAAAUUGAAAUUAGAGAAGUUUACAGAUGUGAAAGCUUUAGAUUUCCCAAGUGCUUAUGAAGAUGGGCCAGCUGUCAUGGCAUUUGCUAGGAGGCUCUAUGGUGUCCCAGUCACAAAAAAUCUGCUACGCCCCCUUCACCUGCCUUCAGAGACAGAGAUCCAAAAGGGGUAUACCAGCCCCCCCAUCUUGUCUCUGGCCCAGAUAAUGGCAGAAUUCCAUAUUCGCAGGCAGAUUAUACUGAGCAAGUUAGAAGAUCAAGAUAAAGUCCUUCACUGCCACCUCUCUGAUCAGAGUGAUGAAGAGGAAGACAAUGCAGGCAGAGAAGAGGAAACCUCAUAUAAGUGUUCCAUAAACCGAACAUGGACAAAAAAUCAUACUUCUCUGUGCUUCCUUCCUGAUGUAAGUGACAUGAAAUGCCGAGUAGACAAGUCUGGUGUGUCCAAUAAAUCUGCGCUACAAACCGACACAACUACAGGUGAAGAGAUGGACAGCCUCCAGAAAAUCCAUGUUUUUAACAUGCAGAAGUUAAAGAAUUCAGAGUUGAGACUUGCUAAGGCUGAGCAAAAAAUAAGAGAACUUGCACUUAAUAUCAAAAGGAAAGAGGAACUUAUUAAAGAGUUAGUAAGAACAGGUAAGGAUGCUCAGUCUGUAAGCAGGCAGUAUUCUUUGAAGAUAAGUAAACUGGAGCAAGAAAUUGACCAGGCCAAAAGAGAACUGGCUGAAACGCAAAAGCAGCUUCAGGAGCUGGACAGUAAAGAGCUGAGAGAUAUUCCUGACAAAGUCAUGUUACAGAAAGAAUGCCAGAAGAAGAUGGAGGCAGCUAAGUUGAAAGUGCAGACCUUACAGAAGAAGCAGCAAGACACCAAGAAUUUGGCUUCAUUAUCUAACCAAAGUGAGAGAGAAGCAAGAGAACUUGAGCAGAAAGUAGCUCAGAUGAAGCAUCAGCAAUCCCAGAUACAGAAGAGACUAUGUGAGGAGAGUGAAAAGAAGAAGCAACUGGAAGCAGAGCUUCAGCAGGACCAGCAACAAAUGAAAGAACUUCAACUUAAGAUGGAGCAACAACAGAAGAUCCUUAAAAUUAAGGAUAAAGAAAUUGAUGCUUUUAAAAGGAAGACAAAUAACUCAGUGGGAGCUCCACAGAAACUACAGAAAUUAGAAGAGCAGAAGAAGUGGCUGGAUGAAGAAAUGGAAAGAAUUCUUCAACAGCACCAGCAGUUAGCAGAACUAGAAGAAGAUUUAAAGAAAAGAGAAGCCAUUGUAGCAAAAAAAGAAGCAUUAUUGCAAGAGAAAAGCUACCUGGAAAUCAAGAAACUGAGAUCUAGUCAGGCUUUGAACAAAGAUAGUAUGAAAUUGUCUACCCGGUUAAGUAUGCUGGAUCAGGAGCUGUGUGAUAAAAGUAUGCAGCUUCAGGGCAGCACUGCUGACAAGUCAGACAUUUUGGAAAAAAUUCAGACUCUUCAAAUGGAAAGGGAUCAGCUGCUCAGUAGGAGAAAUAGUAUGGAUGAGAGACUGAAAGAGGGUAAACUGUUGUCACCUGAAGAAGAACAUAUUCUUUUCCAGCUAGAAGAAGGAAUUGAAGCCCUUGCAGCUGCAAUUGAUUACAAGAAUGAAAGUAUUCAUAAUCGCCAGCACUUACUUUGGUCAUCUUCUCAGAAUCUUUCACAGAGCAAGCAUAAUGUAAUAGGGAAACUAGUUUCCCUGUCUGCUGCUGAUCUCAGAGCUAUCAUCAUCAGUUAUUUCAACAAGAUUGUUGGCCUGCGUGAGUCUGAACGAAAAUUACAAGUGCAGAUUGAAGAACAGGAAAUGAAGUCCAUACACCAGAACAACAUGAUGCGUGAAUUAGAAUCUGCACUUGAACACAUCAAGUUGCAGUGUGACAGGCAGCUGACUCACCAGCGCCAAGAACAUGAGAAAAAAAUACAGUUCAUAUUGAAUAAUUUCAAAGAACAAAAUCGUGAAGGUAUUGCAGAAACCCUGAAAGAGUAUGAAGUAAAAAUUCAGCAACUGGAAAAAGAUUUAUUUUUCUAUAAGAAAACCAGCAGACAGCUGAAGAAGAAAUUGAAGGGCCUUCUUGGAGAGUCAUCUGAAUAAUUAUUGUCAUCCAGUAAAUGUAAACAUAUUAUCUGAUAAUGUUUAUGCAAUUGUCAGUAGACCAUUUGAAGAGUGGUGAACACACAGAACUACAUCCGAUAGCUGUAAAACAUCGUAUUUUUACUGUAUUAACUGUUCUUCAGGUAUGUAUUCUACCUCUACUUGCGUUUCAAGUGAGAGACAUUUGUUUAUAGCUGUAGCUGUAGCAGAGGUGUGCCAAUGGUUUAAAUUCUUGUUCUGUUUUCUCUGGAUUUUAACAAUUUCAGCAUCUACAGUCUCACACUGUUAAGGUUAAGGCAAAGGAAUUUUGCUCUCUGAAAGCAUCCGAAAUCUAUUGUUGCUAACAGCUUUGUUUUAUGCCAUGCAUUUGAUUUCUUAAAAGUUUCUGGGAGAUUGUGAAUGAAAUGUGCCACACUUCCAGUUGCUAACUUAUCUUAGCUACUUACUUACUAAAGCUGAAAGAGCAUUUACACACUUGAAGGGCAAAAAGAAGUGGUCUCUAUUGUGACUCUGUGCUUUGACAUAAAAAACUCCAACCAACUGAAUAAACCAAACACAACAACCAACUGUUAGUGUAAGUUUUUAAUUGUUUCAUGUCCUUCUUGCCAGAAUCCAGAUGUACAACAGAGCUAUUCAUGUGGAGGAGAAAAGAAGGUUCAGUUUCAUGACUGUUUCUGUUGUCUCAUACCUCUUGUGCCAGCACAAUACCUCACACAUCCAAUACAGCCUUCUUGGCCUGUUGGUGUUUCUUUUUAAGGCUCAGCAAGAUGGGUUCUUCCUCCCAAUGGAUGCUUCUGUUUCUUUCCACUCAGUGCCAUGCCUUCCUACAGAGAGACGCUGAUCACACACCUCUGCUCCCAGAGUGAAUUAGGGCUCAGCCCUUUCCUUCUAGGCAAAAUAAUGAGCCUGCACAUUCAUUACUAUAAGGCACACUAUCAAACUGUGAACAUGAAGAUUCUAGAGACUGGAUAAUAAAUGAGCAUGGGAAAUACUAUUCUGUGUCUAGUAUACACAGAAGCAUGUAGUUUAGGAUAUGUAUCUAUGUGGGCACUUAUCCUUGGCAAAUUGUAGUGGUGGAAAGAAGGGAGAAGACCCCUGUAAAUUUCCAGCUUUUUCCAAUGCAUAUAUUGGCAAGUUUUAUAAGACGUACUCUGCAUUUAGUUAUUUUUCUUUUUAGUACAUUAUGAAACAUGUUGUUAUUGUUAUACAAUGCAAUAAAAUCAUAAUUUGUUACUGGGCUUUAGAGAUGAUAAAAUCCCUGUUUUUAUAUUCCAGUCAAAUUUGUUGAAUGUCUUUUUUGUGUUGUACUAGUAUAGUUGCUAUUUUUCAAUAUAUUAAUAAUUUCAUAUUUGUCACGGUUCGGUUGGGUUUAGACUGCUUACUAGAAUACAUGACAAGUUAGAAUGGUGAGCCUUGUAUUAACAGCACCUUCUCAGAUGAGAGCAAUGGCAAGUACUCCCAUGUUUCUGAGGAUGGUGAAUUUUUUAAUAAAAAGGGCAAAAGGUGAGGUGCUGAUAACUUUUUACCAUGUUCACGCUGUAAGCUGCUGAUGCUGUAAAACCAUGUUGCCUACCUAUGUCAGGCACUCAGAGAAGUUGUAACUUUUAGUUAUUUAUCUGCUGAUUAUUUAAUUUUAGAUAACAGUAUUGGUGUUGUUAUCCAGUCAAGAGGAAGCAGAAGUUACUUCUGAUGAAUUCAAGUGAAAAGAGCUGUUAACAAAGUUCAUGUCUUUACUAACUACAAGUACUUUUUGAAGUAUCAGAAAAUUCCCAUUCUGUCAGUCUGCUCAGUGUA